AUGCGAUUAUCAAAACCUAGUUGGCUUGCUCACUUAGACGAUAAGAACCAGAAAACUUCCAUUUUCUCGAUCCACGUUCACCCUGACGGUACUCGCUUGGCAACUGGAGGACUUGACAAUAAAAUAAAAUUAUGGAGUACCAAAAGUAUAAUGAAUACAACGAAUCCAGACGAUUCGACAUUGCCGCGUUUGCUAUGCACUCUGGGUCAACAUAAUGGAUCAGUUCUUUGCGUUCGAUGGUCAAAUAAAACUGGACAAUAUCUAGCUUCUGGUUCUGACGAUCAACUUGUGUUGAUAUGGGAAUGGGACAGAUCUACUGAAGGGUGGGCAGGUGGAAGUGUUUUUGGAAGUGGUGAACAGAAUAUCGAGAAUUGGAAGCCUAGAAAACGACUUUCUGGACAUCAAUCGGAUGUUGUUGAUCUUGGUUGGUCGAGAGAUAAUACUUAUUUGGCUUCGUGUGGCCUAGACAGCUUAGUUUUUAUAUGGGACGGCAAAACAUUUGAAAAGCUGCAUAAAUUGGAUCAGCACCAAGGUUUCGUUAAAGGGGUUACAUGGGAUCCUGUAGGAGAAUACCUUGCGACUGAGUCAGAUGAUAAAACAGUGAAAAUUUGGAGCACUAUUGAUUGGACUGUACAGGCUGAAAUUAGUGAACCCUAUGCAAGUUCUCCAACAACAACUUUUUACCGUCGACUUAGCUGGUCUCCCGACGGAUCUCAUGUUGCGACAGCAAAUGGUGCGCAAGGUCCGAUACCUAUUGCUGCUAUAUUUAGUCGUGGUAAAUGGCGCACAGAUGUAUCCUUAGUAGGACACGAAUCUGCAAUUGAAGUUGUGGCCUUCAACCCAGCUUUGUUUAUGAUUCCCGAGAGUGAUGACGCUGAUCCUGCUUCCGCAAUAUUAGGCAGCGUUUGUGCAGUUGGAAGCCAAGAUCAUACCAUUUCGGUAUGGGUAACCAGAAACGCUAGACCACUUUUUGUUUGCCAAAAGCCCUUUAAUCAUACCGUUUUGGAUUUGGCCUGGUCACCGGAUGGAACGCACCUUUAUGCGUGUUCCUAUGAUGGCACCGUAGUGGUUCUACAGUUCAAUGAUACCGAAUUCGGCGAGAGAGUUUCUAACGAGGAACUUGAGAAACUCAUAAGUAAAUACGGGUUCAAAGCGAAAGAACCAAUCAUACUUGAAAAUACGACUCAACUCGAUUUGGAAAAUGAACACGCGAUAGCAAAAAGAAAUGAAAAAUCAGAUCGUAUGUCCGGCAUGGUACCUAUGGAAACUUCAACCGUUGGGAUUUCAAACACAUCAGAAAUAACUAAAAAUUCAGCAAUUGAACCUAUGAUAACGAAUUUUGAUUCUCCAGAGAACACAUCAAAUGAUGGCCCCAUUCCAAUGAACAUUGUUGAUUCUUCAACAACAGCAUCCAGCAGUGUCCCUACCAACGCUGGAGACAUUCAGCCAAAAGUUUCGUUCACUAGAGAAGGAAAAAAAAGAAUUCAGCCACAGUUUUUGGGAGGACUUAAUUCCGUUUCUCAACCAAAUGUUACGACGACUUCAUCUAUAAGUGGUGGUGCUUCAUCAAAUGCCUCUAGUAUGGGUCGUUCCACUCAACAAACAACAUCAGGUGAAGGAACAAGUGGUGAGAUGGAGCCACCAUCUCGUGCUCUUCCACCGGGGGGAAUUCCCGCCCUGAUCGUUGGAAAUAAGCGUAAAGACUCGGGCACUUCGGAUAUUACGUCAUCAAACAAACGAACAAACAUUUCUGGAAAACCACUUUCAGAGAUAGAAUCGCAUGUGUUAAGGCCUCCAAUGGUUUCUCCAUCCGUCGUAAUGUCACAAGUUCGAUUAGCGUCUCAUAAGGUUCGAGAUUAUUUAGCCAAAGAUCAGCUGGACGGAGCCACACUGAAACUAGAAUGUUUCAAUAAUAAUAACAAUGCCCUUUCCCAUUUGGUAUGUACUCGGGGAAAAAUUCGUGUAUGGUUCGACUUUGUACCAAGUGCAAUUAUUCUCAUGACGGGUAAUGCACACUACUCUGCCGUUGCUUGCGAGGAUGGAGGAAUUUAUACCUAUUCUAACUCUGGAAAUAGAUUACUUCCAAAUAUUAGACUCGAAUCUACGGCAUCGUUUUUAGAAAUUUGCCGUGAUUAUCUGUUAUGUUUAACUCAGGUUGGACUAUUGACCGUUUGGGAUUUACGAAAUCGAGAAGCUAAAGUCGAUUCGGUUUCAAUAGCACCCAUACUGUCAUCUGCAUCGUUAUCAUCUGACAAUCUUCAAUCAACUGUAUCAAUUGUGACAGCUUGUGUCCGCUCCAAUGGCACUCCGUUACUGGUAACGAGUAGAUAUGACGCAUGGUGUUAUCACACGGGUAUGCGCUGUUGGAUCUGUGUGCAUGACCCCAGGUAUACACUACCAAACCCUUCAGCACAGGAAUCUAGUGGUGACGUAACCGGGAACUGCCUAUUAGAAACUUUAGACAAUUAUUCCAGGCAACGUGGUACGAACGUAGGUUCGCUUUCUCACUUAAGGCGACCUCCGGGGCCCGAAACCUCUGGACAACAAAUUAAUCUGUUGGGUUUCCUUCAGAAUCAACUUCUUGUUGCUGAAUUGAUUAAUUCUCCGGCGGAGUACAAACAGUUGCUUUUUCAAUAUGCUCAACAACUGGCCGAUGAAGGUUCUGAACUAAAAGUACACGAAUUAUGCAAUCAAUUACUCGGACCUACACACACUUCCGAGAGUAUAAAUGGUAUUCAACGUCAGACCAAUUGGGAUCCUUUGUUAUUGGGCAUGUCAAAACGGCAACUUCUCGGGGAUGUUUUAAAGAUACUAUCAUCCAAUAGGGACUUGCAACGACACGUGACAGAAUAUAAGUCGGAGCUAAAUAAAAUACUCAAUUUAGAUUAA